AACAUUUUCGAAAAUUCAAAUCUUUCAGAGACUCGAACGGGAAAAUCUUGUGAAUUAUUUGAUUCUUGAUUGUUUUUCCUUUCAUGUUUUUUGUGAAUCUUGAAUUUCAUUUUUCUGUGAAUCUUAUUUCGAGAUUCCAAAUUCAAGUAAUAAUGGAAUUGAGUCAGGCAGUUGAAGAGGAAAAGAUAUAUCCGACUUAUUUGCAAAAAGAACUGUAUGAGAUUCAAAUAAAGGAUAUCACAAAUCGAAUAGAAAGAUUAGAUGAUCGAAACUAUGACGUGCUGGAUAUAUGUGAGGACAUUAAAAAGGAUAUUGAAUUUACUGACAUAAAAACAUCUGAUGAAAUUACUGGGAUAAAUCGAGAACUGUACGCUGAAUUAUCGAAAAUAGAUAAUCGCAAAAGUGAAAUAAGAUCUGUUGAACAACAAAGGAUUGAUGAUCAAGAAAAGCAUGAAAGGAAAGUUGAUGAAUUCAAUGAGAAGUAUCGAGUAACAUUUCGAGCAUUGGUCUCGAAAAUUAAGACCUUGAACGCUAAAGUCAACGCCCUGGAAGACUACAAAAAUAAAAGAGAAAAUCUCCGGGAAAAACUCAAAUCUCGAGAUGAACUUUAUUUGAAAACCGAGGAAGAAGUGACGCAGAAACUACAGAAAAUAAAAAUUCAGUAUAAAAUUGAUAGAGCAGCAUUACUCGAUGAUUUACAAAACCAAAUAUUCCAAAGAGGAAUAGCUUAUGAAGCUGAGAACUCCGCUAAAACAGGGCCCCUUACUAGAGGCUUGUUCAAUAAUAAUAUAUUCAUGAGGAAUGAAAUCAGCGCGAUGUAUCAAGAAAUCAAUCAUGGAAGAGAACUCUGUGGCGAAAAAAAUGAGACGAAAUCUUUCAAUGAAGCCCGUGCUCGAGCUAAUCAUCUUGAAUUGAGGCAAGCUCUUGAAACUUUACGAUUUCAAAAAAUAUUGAGUGAACACUUGAAUAAAAAGUGUAAAAAGCCUCCUACAGACAAAACAAACUCCAUCUUAAAAGAUGAACAACCAGAUAACGAUAUUUUUAUCGAACAUCAAAGGUCACAAGUCGUGAUUAGUGAACAAAAUUUAUCCAAAAUUCAGACGUUACUGCACCAAAAAAAAGUGAAAUUAUUUUUUGCAAAAAAUCAACAAAAACAGACGACAAGAAAAAUUAAUUCAAUCACUGAAAUUUUGUUUGAUUUGAAAUAUGCUAUUGCUUGUGCCCUAGACUUACCUGUUAUCCAUGAGUUGGGAAUUAAUAUCUUGUCGCAAAAUUUUGCACGAAUGUCUAAAAAUGAAUUCUCGUCGUACUUAUUGUCACGAAUGGAACAAAAUAAAUAAUCUAGUUAUUUUUAUCCGAA